AUGACCACCUGGGUGACAUCUCCACCUCGGAUGCAACUCAAUGUCCGUUUCUCCCCCUUUUUAGUGUCCGGCCAGAGGUUAUUCUCACAUGGAUCUCUGUCUCUGCAAACACCCCACAAGGCAUGGAGACAUUCUAUGUUUCUCAAGUCCAAACCUGUCGUCAAAGAUGGGGUUCUCAGUUUCAAUGGAACCAAUGCGCUGACAGGAAUACCAGAUAAUGUUGUCAUGACACCAUGGUCAAACUCUUCGCUAUUCCUCGGUGCCACUUCCGCCCACAGCAGUUCCCGGCAAGUUUUCAAGCUUGGUCUUAUACAGGAUGCCAGAUUGUUGUGCUUAUUUAGAUUUAAAAUUUGGUGGAUGAUACCUCGUGUGGGAAAUUCAGCAAGUGACAUCCCCAUUGAAACUCAGAUGUUGCUGCUGGAAGCAAAGGAAGAUUCAAGUUCUAAUGACUCUAAAGGAUCUCCAUCCUAUGUCAUUUUCUUGCCUACGUUAGACGGUGAAUUUAGAAGCAGUUUGCAGGGAAACUCAGCUGAUGAGCUAGAAGUUUGUAUUGAAAGUGGUGACCCGGCUGUAAUUGCAUCAGAGUCUCUAAAAGCAGUUUUUGUGAAUUAUGGAAACAACCCAUUUGAUCUGAUGAAGGAAUCUAUGAAGUAGGUGGCUCUCUGAGCAAAGUUUGAGUUCAGUUUAGUUCAAGUGAUAUUCUUGAGUAACUUGUGAACUUCAAUGCAAGUGCCUUGUCGUUUGGCAGCUAAAAUCCAGUCGGGUUCCAAGCCACAGGCUUGAAUUGAGUCACAUAAGAUUUUGACUCUCAAGCUAUCUUGGAUACUCAAACAUGAAGUAUCCUGAAUUAAUAGUUGACAUUUUUUAUGUAACAAACUUUUUUCCACUCUGGCAUAUGUAGGAUCAUGGAGAAGCAUAUUGGAACAUUUUCAGUCCGCGAAAGCAAACAGAUGCCUGGAAUGCUAGA